GCGUAUCGUGUAUUCAUCGUCUCCGUGGCCUCUUUCGUGGCACAGCUUGAUCCACUCCCUGCCGCCUUCGAUCUGUUCGAGAAGCGCCUGAUCCAUAAGCUUUUUCCUGGCCCUGCCGACUGGCUCCCUGGGGACGUUCUGAGAAACCUCAAGCAGUUCGGCUUCCCUCGCGAUUUCCCCGACGUGGCGCACAUCGCCUCGGUGGCCAAAGUCUGGGUCGUGCUUCACGAGGCCCGCCAGACGGGCGGCUUGCAG